AUGGAGGCACCCCUACAGGCCGGUCUUCAAAAGCCCCCGCCACUAGGCACAUACGACGGGACAACCGACCCAAACGAACACAUCGAGAACAUCGACGCCCUCCUAGAUUACAGAGGGGUGUCGGGCGUAAUCAAGUGCUGGUUAUUCCCGACCACUCUACGCAAAGGAGCCAUAACCUGGUACAAGAGUUUGCCCUAUGAAUCCAUCACAUCAUGGAAAGUGCUCGGAAAGCUUUUCUCCAUGCACUUCACGGCCUCCCGAAGACACCCAAAGUCGGAAGCCUCCCUAAAAGCCAUCAUACAAGGGAAAGAUGAAUCCCUCCGGGCCUACAUCGAACGGUUCAACAAAGAGGCCGUGCAGGUGUCCACAACCGCCCACAUGAAGAAGUUCUUACUCGAAUGGGGUCUCCGACCACGUUCAGAUUUCGCCAAAGCCGUCAGGAUCGAGACCCCCGCCACUCUGGACGAAUUCUUCCUUAUGGCCCAAGCAUACAUACAAUACGAAGAAAAAGAAGCUGCUCACGUGGUCUGCAAAUCCAAACAGGAAGAGAAUACUAAAGGUGCCCGUCAAGACGAUCCUCGCCGGGGAUCCGAAAAGAAGAAAGAAGAUAAGGGUCGGGACCCUAAAGACUAA